CCAAAAGUUGUCCCCACAUAGUAGUAAAUACCUGCCUGUACACAUACACAUACAGAGACAUACCUAUUAUUGCCCACCUUUCAAAUGUUUGCAUCGGGCAACAAAAAUUCAGGACAUUUGGACAAAGGCAUAAGAAUGAAAGACGUAGAGAAGCAUGAAAGGGAGGACAAAAACACACACAUAAGGGGCACAAUUAGAAGAGAAGAGGAUCAUCUUUUCCUUCUGACUCAUCCCCAUCCCCUGGCUGCGAGUCCCACCCGGCCACCACGUGUUGCCGGCCUGCUUGGACUCAUGUACCCUCUGCCUGCUUUCCCCUCCGAUCAGCGGCCCUGCCACCCGUCUCACUGCGACUCUGCCGGCUCGUCGCUGUGCGAGCGUGUUUAUUUUAGAACGUGUGACUCACACUUCCUGUGCUCUGCCAGUGAGGCGAGUCUCUAUGGAACAGCAGGACCUCCGCUCAUUCUCAAUUCUCUCUUUCUCUUUCUCUUUCCACYCCUCCACCCCACCUCCCCUCGCUCRCCGCUGAUAGGCCCGGCCCGAGCUCUGCGUAAUGCGGGGGGCUYGUUUGAAUGGAUCUCACUCUGGAAUCCAUUUACAGAUGCGGCGCGCUGGAUGGAGCUGGAAGGACUUACAUAAAUCGCGGGCGUGCUCAGAAGCCUUUUGUCACGUCCUCCUUUUUACAAUAAGAUGUGUUUGCUGAUAGGGAGAUGACGAUUGCAAGGGAGCGACUUCAGGUUCUGUUGCAGAGUGGGAAAACCCCCAUAAUAAGAUUGUAUGUAAUCUGGUCUGUGGGCAGUGUGCCACAAAUGUGUUUGAGUUAAAGAAACAGCAGCAAAAUGAUACAUUUACAAUAAAAAGAGGUGAUUUUCCUGAGAUUUGAUCCGUCUCCCACCGUCUUUCCGCUUCAUAUUUGUACAGUGGAAUCAUUCAUUCAAUGUCUUCCUCUCUCCCUCUUUCUCCAUCACUCCUCUUUUUUCUUCUUUUUUUGCCUCUCUCUCCCUCUCUGUCAGCAACACACCCACUCAAGCAGUCAUAUCCGCUCUCACUCUCUGGCUCUCCCUGCUCGUCUCGCAGUGCCUGUGAAGCGUCUCUGAGGGGGAAGACCAGUCUGCUCCGUCAGAUGCACUCAGAAGCUGAAUAGCUACCAUUCUUAUCAACAAACACAGGAUAUGUGAAGAAGACCUUGGGAAGACUGUUAGAAUGGCUGAGGGUCCACAAAAACUUAGCUGCUUUGCACAAAGAAAGUGUUCAUGUUUAUCUGCAUCUCUGCAUUUCYGGGGCAUUUUUUAAUGAUGCCUCAAUCGGCCCUCUUAAAUAACUGUUGGCCCACACUGAAAAAGGUGCUCCAUUCUGAUUUACAGUUCAGUCUGUCAAGGUUUCGCUGCCCCUGACCUUUCUSUUGUCAUGCAGUUAGACCAAUGAGGCUUAGAGGGCCUUUUGCCACRGGUCUGUGAGGUCUCCUCCUCACUCUAUGGAGGCUGAGCCCAGCCGUCCGGCUAAUGGGGAGCGCUCUGGAAGGCAAGAACCGCAGCAUGUGACAGCUGAAUCUCCAUUAGGAUCUUGUCCCCCUCAGCAGUCCCAGCAGCCUCCCAUUCCUCGUCCUGUGCACAGGGUCCUGGGCCGCUUACAAAAUCGCCAACCCAAACGUACUGACCUGCUCCGGUUACAGCAACAGCAAGCGGCAGCAUGGCAGCACUCAGACACCCCGGGUACCUCAGGAGGCAGUUUUUUCUCCAUGACUUCCYCUGCAACUUCAUCCCUCCCCUCUACUUCCUCCACCCAGGGUGAGCAUGGUCACGGGGUGCCGACGCAUUCCAGUCAAGAGGGUCCGGAAGGCCUUAGCUCACCCAGAAAGGGGGAGAAAAAACCACAAAAACCAGGAAAGUAUGUGUGCACCUAUUGUGGCCGUCCAUGUGCCAAACCAAGUGUUCUUGAGAAGCACAUACGUUCUCAUACAGGAGAAAGACCCUACCCUUGUGGCCCCUGCGACUUUUCUUUUAAGACCAAGAGCAACCUCUACAAGCACCGCAAGUCCCAUGCCCAUCGCAUUAAAGUAGGUCUUGCAUCCAGCCGUGAUGAGCCGAGUUUGAGUGGACCAGAGGGUAGCAGUGUUGGAGAAGAUCCUGAAGAGCACACAGAGGGAGAAAGCACUGAGUCUGAGGAAGAGACAGGCCAGCACAGAAAAUCAUCCUCUAAGGAGACGCUUCGACAUCAGAAGAAAGGCAGUAAGGAGCGACUGGGAGGCUCUGAGGAGAGCCUAAGGCCUGAAGACUCCCAAGCCGUUAAACAAAGACUGGCACUGAGGCUCAGUGAAMGAAAACGUGGCCCCUUGGUCUCUCCAGAUGACCCCCCAUCCUCCCUCUCCACCUCGUCCUCCUCCCUUGGCCCUGGUAGUAAGGGCAGCACAGAGUCUGGUUACUUCUCUGGAUCAGGCAGCACUGACCUGUCUCAAGUUAGCCCACCCAGUUCCAGUGCCAAAACCUAUGCAGAAAUCAUUUUAGGAAAGUAUGGAAGACUGGGAGGGCAGCAGCGCAUUCCCCACCAACAGCAGCUUCAUCCUCCACAUUCCUCGUCCUCAGGAACUGAGGAGAAGAGCAUUCCUUUCCCUGUGCCCAAAACUCAAGUAAUAGAGCACAUUACCAAGCUCAUCACUAUCAAUGAAGCAGUUGURGACACAAGCGAAAUUGACAGUGUCAAGCCGAGACGUUCCUCUCUGUCCAGAAAGAGCAGUACAGAGUCACCCAAAUUUAUUGCCCCUAAAGAUCCCUAUGCCUUCGAUCCAAAACUAGAAACUGCAGGAACCAGUUGUGUGAGGCACCUCCAGAGCCCUGAGGCAGAUCUAUUGGGAACGCAGGAGCUUUCAGCAGURCCCCUUCAUAGAAGCCACUCAUUGCCAUCAUCUACAAGCCAAGAAGAGCCCUUCCCUUCAGCCACCAUGUCUCCGAGAGGUUAUCGCCUUAGCCAGUCAUUCGAUGAGCAACAAGCAGUGGUGGCWGAGAUGAGGGGCGCACAUCGUAUGCUCAGACGCCAGCCUGCCAUCGAGGUUCCACUUGGAGCUGAGGUAAUGUUUGAAGAGCCCAGUCCUYUAUCCUUGUCCUCCUCACCCAGAGUCUCUGAAUCAGCCAAGCAGUCGCAACAGCAGCACAAGAGUCCAAAUAUCUUUGAAUGUUCAGUAUGUGGGUCCUGCUUUCAACACAGUGAAGAUUACGAAGCUCACAAAGGAGUUUGUUGCGGAAAGGAGCAAGAGGUCGGGUAUGAAAGUAAAGCGAGCAUGGAUGAUCGGCCUCUGUUGAUGCACUCUAAGUUCCGAGCGCUUGCCAUGGCUGUGAGGAAGAGAAGGAAAGAGGAGAGCCUGGAAGAAGAUCCUCCUAGCCCUGGAACUGUACCCACACCAGGCAGUUCUGCAGGCCUCAUUUUGGUGCAAAGCAGACCAGAGCACAGCCAAUCUCUCUCAGGCGUUACUUUACAGAAUGAGCCAAAUAAGCAGCAGGACAGGAAGGGUGUUUCUGUCAUCCAACACACUAGCUCUUUUGAGAAACAGGAGAGCGUAUCUAUGGAAAGCAAAGAACCUGACCUCAGAGAGAAUCAACCAACACAACAGCCUGAGCCAAAACCAUCCCCACCCACAUCACGCCUUAUCCGUCAGCCAAACAUCCAAGUGCCGGAGAUCCUUGUUACUGAGGAACACGAUGCUGACAUGCCCUCUGUGUCACCCCCAGUGAGACCAUCCUCAUCUAAGGAGCCAGAGAAAGUUGAGGAGUUCCAGUGGCCUCAGCGUAGCCAGACUCUGGCCCAGCUGCCUGCUGAGAAGCUGCCACCAAAGAAGAAAAGACUCCGCCUAGCAGAAGCCUCUCAGUCCUCUGGGGAGUCUAGCUUCGAGUCUCUGUCUCUGCCUCGCAGCCCCAGUCAAGAAAGCAACAUCUCAAGCCUUUCAGCUUCUUUUGAGGACACAGCCCGACCAGAACCGGCCGUGUGGGCGUCAGGUAGCCAAAGCUCCCAGAUGCUGACAGUGCCGUCUGCUUCUCACCAACACCAACAGAGCCACAAGGAGAUGAGGCGCUCCGCUUCGGAGCAGACCCCGGCUAGCCCACAGCAAACUGAGCAGAGCUCAGAGACGAGAAGUAAGUCCUUUGACUACGGAUCCUUGACGUCUCAGCAGUCCACAUCUUCUUGGAAAGAAAGAAGAAAGUUUCUUCUUGUAAAACAGGCCACUUUAGGUGAACCCGAGCAGGAGAUUGGGGGGGCCGUUUCUCAGUUGUCCAGAGCUGAAAGUCCAAAGCCAGGCCCUUCCCACUCUAAACAUCCUUCUCUCUACUCUUCUGAAGCAAGCUCCCAGUUUUACCCCGAAGCUCCAGGAAAGGCUGCACAGUUAUUCCAACCGCACAUCUUCCCACCCUCUCAGGACGUGCUCCCGUUGCAUCCCAGAGGUCAGCAUGCUUUUGCAAGAGGAUCUCUGUCACAGUUACUCCCUGCCACGACAGCCGUAUCUGAAGUACUGUCCACCCAGUUUAUCCACAGAGCCUUCUUACACUCGCACACAGGCUUUCCCCCUGUUCAGAUACCCCAAGCUCAGAUCCACAUGCCAGAACGGUUAAGAAUACCACUGCAUCAGCUCCCACCUUUAGUUCCUCUCCCAGUUGCUAGGACUAGAGUAAGCCAGGCUCUGUACUACCCUAUCCCUUCAAGACUUACCACACAUGUUCCUUCUCAAUCCACCACAGAAAGCAGACAGCUUGUUUCCGCCUUGCCCUCCUCUCUUACGCAACAAUCUCUUGUAACCAUCUCGUACCAUCGACAACAACCGGUCAUUGCUACAUGCAUGGCACAGUUUACUCCUGUAGUGUCCCUUGUUGUGCCAGUGCGCCUCCAAACUCAUAGACCUACCUUUGCCAGUGCCAUGUACACCACCCUGUCUCAGAUUUUGGCAUCCACUCGCUCACAAGAAUCAACCUCUUGCACAACCAUGAUCAUCAUGAGCCAAAUGGAACGGGAUAAGCUGCAGGGAACCUACCUGAAAGUCCCUUCAACAGAYUUCAAGAGCCUUCUUCCCCUGUCUCUGCCAAAGGAGCUAGCCUCAGGUUCCGAGGAGGGAUACGGUCCGUUGGGGCCAGGAGGUAGCAAACGAAUGCUUUCUCCUGCAGCCAGUCUGGAGCUCAGCACAGAGGCUCAGCGUCACCAGAAAAGGGUCAAAGAGGAAGAGGAGGUAGAGCACUAUAAGAGAGGAGAGGAGGAGAGUGUCAAACAAAAGGCAAUGCAAAAAGAAGAAUGCAAAUCCAUUGAGAAAACACUAGAAGGAGGAGAUGAGAAGCAACCAGACAGUGUGGAUGUGGCACCUGUAAAAGCAGAAGACCAAAGCGAAAAUAACAAAGAAGGUGAGGAGGGAGAGAAGAAAUCAACCGAGACAAGUCAUACAAAGGGAGAGGCUUCGGAUGUGGGUGUGGGUGUUGAGAGGCCAAGCACAUCUUCAUACCCCAGCCUCCACACUUCCACCUCAGUCAACUGGUGCUACCUUAAGUACGUCAAGCCCAACCCGUCUACCCACCAGGACCCUCAUAACUCCGUUUAUUCUACGUGGAGCAUCAGCGCCCACAACCCCAACUUGCCAGGCCUCAGCACCAAGGUGGCCCUCUCUCUACUCUGCUCCAAACAGAAGCACAGCUCCGAGACUUACACAAUGGCCACCGCCCCAACACCCGCCAGAGAGAAACAGGCCCCUGCAAGCAGCGGAACCCCAACAAUGUCAGAGGUACAUGUCACCCCGCCCAGCACACUCACAGAAGUAAAGGAUGAGGAGAAGCACGAAAAGGAAGAAAACAAAGACAUCGGAGAAGAGGAAGGUCCUUCCACCUCCAAACAAGCUGAGCCUUCUAGGGUUCGCAUUUUUGAAGGAGGGUACAAGUCCAACGAAGAGUACGUCUACGUGAGAGGCCGUGGGCGGGGAAAGUACAUAUGUGAAGAAUGUGGCAUUCGCUGCAAGAAGCCUAGCAUGCUGAAAAAGCACAUCAGGACGCACACCGAUGUCCGACCAUACAUCUGUAAACACUGCAACUUUGCCUUCAAAACCAAAGGAAACCUUACAAAACACAUGAAGUCGAAGACUCACGGGAAAAAAUGCCAGACGGUGGGACUGUCCGAGUCAUCGCUGGACGAGCCAGAGAGCGAGGAAACAGCAGGAAGCGACGAACGUGUUUUCGGCUCAGAGGAACGGGAGGAGCACCAGUUCUCCGACGUGGACGAGUCCGACGACGACGACAACGAGGAGGAGGACGAGGAGACCCCGUCCCACGAAGACCCGCUAUCCUCCUGUUCGUCGGACACCCACCCAUCGACGGGGGGUCGCUCGAGCGGUAGUCGGUGCUCCCAGCAGGGCACUCCCGAUCCGGAUCCCGGUCCGAGUCCCGGCCAGGAGCCCUCCCUGCGCGGGGUCUGGCCCAGCAGGCGGGCGGCCUCGCCGGGCAGGAGGAGAGCCUUGUUCUCCAGGCGGGGCUGGAAGGCCUCUCCGAGAGCCUUCUCCCCCAGCAGCGAGAGCUGCUCCCCCAGCCGCAGCCUCUCCCCCCGCCUGGAGCUGUCCUCUCCCAUCCACAGCCUGUCCCCCAGGACUGAGCUGUCCUCACCCAGCCGGCACGUCUCACCCUCCCCUGAGAGGAGGCCGUCUCCCAUCAGGCCCCUUUCUCCCCUUCGUCCCAUUUCACCCAGCUGCUACCAAGCCUCUCGAGUGCGGACCCCUCCGCCGCCGCUGGGGGCGCAACAUAAAACCUUUGGACACCUGCCGUGGGAGAGCCCUGGCUUGAAAGGAGGUCAUGUCAAACUGGAGAAAAGUGGAGCUGCAGGAGAAGGACCAUCAUUUUCAGAAACUAAUUUGUUCCCACCCGCAUUCCGCCUUUCCACCAGCGAGGCUUACCCCGGCCUCCAAACGUCAGACAACAUCUUCAGCCACCUCCCACUGCACUCCCAACAAGCCAAGGUUCCCUACCUGAUGAUACCGAUCGGUGGGAUCCAAAUGGUACAGGCCAGACCCAGCUCCCACCCUACUACACCCUCAUCUCCAACGUCCCCCCCGCUGGAGGGGCCAUCACUGAUGCGCUUUGAACCAUACUGGGGCGGGACCCCCAGGACUCAAGGGCUUAGGACUCCUGGAGAUAACUGGUCAGAGGACCAGGCAGCAGGAACCAGCCAGCCGGUGCGACCCGGUCUUAGCACAGCACUUAGACGUUCCAAAGCCCAGAUGGAGACCACAGACUCGAAGCAAUAUGGCAGCUCGCACAGCUCCGUCCAGACCCCCGGGUCUGCCGCUGAGACCAACAAACAUGGUGCCAGAGACGGUCCGACACAGGCGUCCAGCUUCAGCCUCGCAGCCGCCGCAGCCUCGCGUGCCACAGGACAGCCAGCGGAGCGAGAGGAUCUACCGUCCGGAGGUCGCUCGGCGGAGGAGGAAGCUGAAGAAGACGCGGCCAGAACAGAACAGAGCACUUAACGGUGUCGACACCUUGAUGCGUCUCGCAUCCCGUUUAUUUUUUGUUUGUUUUUGUUUUUUGUUUUGUUUUCUUGUGUUGCUACACUAGUCUUGUUUUUUAUUGCUUUUUUUUUAUACAGGUUUCAAUACUAUYGUUAACUUAAAUGUUUGUUCUUUGGCAAUAUUCAGGUUUGUUAUAAAAUAAAUGCACUUUUUCUGUGUGAAAAUAUUUGUUUCUGUAAAUGUACAAACAUUUAUAUCCUGUAUCUUAUUAGAUACUGGUAAUGUUUAUGUCUAUUUGAAUAUAUAUAUGUAGAUAUAUAUAUAUAUUAUA